UGGGUGGAUGGCGCCUGAAGUGGUGACAGGUCAACCAUGUGGCCCCAAAGUGGACAUAUGGUCUUUUGGAAUCAUGGGCAUCGAAAUGGUGGAACGAGAAGUUCCUUACUGGAAUGAAACUCCUGUUUCGCCUCAACUCCUGAUAGACAUACGAGGGACACCAAAGCUGCAGCAGCCCAACCGAUUCUCGCCUUGCCUGCGUGACUUCCUGAGCUGCUGCCUGCAGACAAACGAGGCACAGCGCUGGUCAGCCAAGGAGCUCCUGCAGGCAUGGGGCACCUACAAGCUCUUGGGACAACCUGUGCCGGUGUUGCACCAUGCUCUGAGUAAACAAGUUCUUCCUUAG